CGCACAGAACAGCAAAGCCUACACCCUUGGGACUCCUCUUCGGGCCACAUUCCAUUCCGCCCCCCACCGCGAGCCCCUUCCCUCCCUUCUUCCUCCCGGCACCCCAGCGCCUCAGAGCCCAGCCGUGUUGGGGGGUGGGGACGCCGCUGCCCCCGGCGCCUGCUUCAUCUCCUCUCCCCCGAGCGGCCCCUUUCCUCCCUCCUCUCUCUCCUUCUUGCAUUUCCUGCGGCUCUCGCUUGCUUAGCCCACGAAAGUCAGUGCAAACUUUUCCCUCCCUGGAGUGCAACGUGAGCAGAUCUUGGGGCAGGUUGCUGUAACUUUUUAUUUUUGCCUCCGCCCCGCCGUCCCCUCUUCCAACCUUCAGUUCUCCUGAAAGAGCACACACAAAGUAGCUGCUAGCGGGCCCUCUCUCUCCCUCCCACUUCACCCCAUCCUCUUGGGCCUUAAGCCUUGGGAUCUCCCGGCCGUGGAACAAAACCCACAUUGGAUGACUAGGUUUCUCUUCUCACUCUAUUUCCCCCUUUCCUCCUCUUAUCCUUCCCUUCUUCCUUCUUGGACUCUCCUCGCUUGAUCGGAGCGGAAACCUCCCUCCCCUUUCUCCUCCUCCUCCACUACUUCCCCCCUCCCCUUCCCAAAUCAGCCACUGUAAUAAAUUCCUUGGGGAAUUGAAGCUUCUGCCGCCGCCGACCUUUUCGUGGGGGACUCGGGACCUCUGUCCGGGGGGGACGUGUAAGCAGCUAACAUUUCUGGGGCUGCUAGUUUGCAAGAAGGCGGGGCCUUGCUGCAGGCCCCUGCUGCUGCUGCUCUUGGACCUCUCUCCCCUCCCACCCUAGUGAGACAGACGUUUCCUGGCAGUUUGCAGCCGUGCCACGGGAGUGCUGUGUUGGGUAUGGACACCUCUUCCCAUGCGUGGAGGAUCAGACCAGCUAGAGAAGUCCCCAAACCACACGAUUGCUGAGCUGACUCUGAGAUAAGGGGGGCGACUGUCUUAGGCCACAGAGCCAUGCCGUUUGGGCUGAAGCUUCGCCGGACACGGCGCUACAAUGUCUUAAGCAAGAAUUGCUUUGUCACUCGGAUCCGCCUGCUGGACAGCAAUGUGAUAGAGUGUACGCUGUCAGUGGAGAGCACAGGGCAAGAGUGUCUGGAGGCCGUGGCUCAGAGGCUGGAGCUCCGAGAGACACACUAUUUUGGCCUCUGGUUUCUUAGCAAGAGCCAGCAAGCACGAUGGGUGGAGCUGGAAAAGCCUCUGAAGAAGCAGCUGGACAAAUUCGCCAACGAGCCUUUGCUUUUUUUUGGAGUCAUGUUCUAUGUGCCAAAUGUGUCACAGCUUCAGCAGGAGGCCACAAGAUAUCAGUAUUAUCUACAAGUCAAAAAAGAUGUCCUGGAUGGGCGCUUGCGAUCUUCCCUGGAACAGGGUGUCCGACUAGCUGGCUUAGCUGUACAAGCUGAUUUUGGGGACUACAAUCAAUUUGAAUCUCAAGAUUUCCUCCGAGAAUAUGUGUUAUUUCCUAUGGACUUGGCACUGGAAGAAGCUGUCUUGGAGGAGCUGACCCAGAAGGUGGCCCAGGAACAUAAAGCACACAGUGGAAUCCUGCCAGCGGAAGCUGAACUCAUGUAUAUCAAUGAAGUGGAACGUUUGGAUGGGUUUGGACAGGAAAGCUUCCCUGUGAAGGAUAAUCAUGGAAACAAUGUGCACCUGGGAGUUUUCUUCAUGGGAAUUUUUGUAAGGAACAGAAUUGGAAGGCAACUAUCAAUACACAGGUGGAAUGAUAUUGGCAAUAUCACACAUAACAAAUCUACCAUCCUGCUAGAGCUAAUCAACAAGGAAGAAACAGCCCUCUUUCAUACGGAUGAUAUUGAAAAUGCCAAAUACAUUUCUCGAUUGUUUGCUACAAGACACAAGUUUUACAAGCAGAACAAAAUCUGUACUGAACAGUCAAGUUCUCCUCCUCCCAUUAGACGACAACCCACCUGGAGCCGGUCAUCACUGCCAAGACAACAGCCAUAUAUCUUGCCUCCUAUGCAUGUCCAAUGCGGAGAACACUACACUGAAACUCACACUUCCCAAGACAGCAUUUUCCAUGGGAAUGAAGAAGCCUUCUACUGCAGAUCCCAGACCAGCCUGGACCGGUGUGCAAUGGAUUUAAGUUACUUAAAUGGUACUGUUACAAAUGGCAGCGUCUGCAGUGCCCACAGUGGGAACUCCCUCAAUUGCUCCCAGAACUUCAUCCAGGCUUCUCCAGUGUCAUCCAAUCUCAGCAUCCCAGGGAGUGACAUCAUGCGGGCUGAUUACAUCCCUAGCCACCGACAUAGUGCAAUCAUUGUCCCAUCGUACCGGCCAACUCCCGAUUAUGAAACAGUGAUGCGGCAGAUGAAGAGGGGAGUUAUGCCUGUGGACAGCCAGAGCCAAUCUCUUAGGAAUCUCAACCUUGGUAAUACUCAUGCUUACAACCAGCCAGAGGACCUGGUUUACAGUCAACCUGAAAUAAGGGAGAGACAUCCUUAUACUGUUCCUUAUGUGCCACAUGGAGGGUACAACAAACCUGUGGGCCGGGCUGACCAAAUGAAACCAAAUAAUAAGACUGUGUACAGUAAGAAGGUACCUAGUGCCAUAUCCCAUACAGUGAGCACCCCAGAGCUGGCCAACAUGCAACUGCAAAAUAACCACAGUUACAACACAGCUCAUAUGCUCAAGAAUUAUCUCUUCCGGCCACCACCCCCUUACCCCCGGCCCCGCCCUGCCACCAGCACACCAGAUCUCGCCAGCCACCGACACAGAUAUGUCAGUGGCAGCAGCCCUGAUCUGGUCACUCGGAAGGUCCAGUUGUCAGUGAAGACUUUCCAAGAGGAUAGCUCACCAGUGGUGCACCAGUCACUCCAAGAGGUCAGCGAGCCCCUGACAGCCAACAAGCGCCAUACCACUGUAAAUAAGCGCCACAGUCUAGAAGUGAUCAGCAACAUGGUGCGUGGAAUUGAAGCUAUGGCCCUGAAGACACUCAACGCCCCGAUACCUCGUCGUAAUACCCUGCGUGAACAGAUGCAACCAGAGGACAUGACGAUUAGCCAUGAUGUACAGGAGCAGCUCCCCCACUUCCAUCACAAGAAGACCUCCUCCGAUGCCACAAUGCUAAUCCAUAGUAGUGAGAGUGAAGAGGAAGAAGAGACUCCUGAAGCAGUUCCUCGCAUCCCCCCACUCCGUGAGAAUGUGAGGUAUAGUGCUCAGUUGCAAGCUGCUUUGGCCCGUAUCCCUAACAAACCACCCCCUGAGUAUCCAGGACCAAGGAAAAGUAUUAGCAACGGAGCCUUGAGACAAGAUCAAGCGAGUGUGUCUGCAGUCAUUGCAAGAACUAGAGUCAUGAGACCAGGACCCACCAAAGCCAUCAGUGUAUCCCGACCUGACCAGCUUACCAUCAAUGGGUCCUCUCUUGGCCCUUCAAUCUCAGAACCUGACCUCACAAGUGUAAAGGAACGGGUCAAGAAAGAACCGGUAAAGGAGAGACCUGUUUCGGAAAUGUUUUCUCUAGAGGACAGCAUUAUAGAAAGAGAAAUGAUGAUCAGGAAUCUAGAGAAGCAGAAGAUGGCAGGCUUGGAGGCUCAGAAGAGGCCACUCAUGUUGGCGGCAUUGAAUGGACUCUCAGUGGCUCGGGUACCAGGGCGUGACAUUAGUCAAGAUGAUGCAUCUCGAUUGACAAUGGAUGACAGGUUUAGAACCCUGAAGAAGAAGUUGGAAGAGGGAUUGGUAUUUACAGAAUAUGAGCAAAUUCCAAAGAAGAAGCCAGAUGGUGUUUUUACUACUGCCACACUCCCUGAAAAUGCUGAGCGAAGCCGAAUCCGUGAGGUGGUCCCCUAUGAGGAAAAUCGUGUUGGGCUGGUACCAACCAAAGAAAAUAGCACUGGGUAUAUCAAUGCCUCCCAUAUCAAGGUAGCUGUUGCUGGAGAACAAUGGCAUUAUAUAGCAACUCAAGGUCCUUUGCCCCAUACCUGCCAUGACUUCUGGCAGAUGGUAUGGGAACAAGGGGUGAAUGUGAUUGCUAUGGUCACGGCAGAAGAGGAAAGCGGAAGAACCAAGAGCCAUCGGUACUGGCCCAAACUGGGCUCUAAGCACAGCUCAGCCACCUAUGGCAAGUUCAAGGUGACCACAAAGUUCCGAACUGAUUCUGGUUGCUAUGCUACCACAGGUCUGAAGGUCAAGCAUCUUUUGUCUGGGCAGGAGAGGACAGUGUGGCACUUGCAAUAUACUGACUGGCCAGAUCAUGGUUGUCCAGAGGAUGUCCAAGGCUUUUUAUCAUAUUUGGAGGAGAUACAGUCAGUGCGUCGCCAUACCAACAGCAUGUUGGAUAAUACCAAGAAUUGCAACCCUCCAAUUGUUGUUCACUGCAGUGCUGGUGUGGGGAGGACAGGGGUGGUCAUUCUUACUGAGCUGAUGAUAUGCUGCUUGGAGCACAAUGAAAAGGUAGACGUGCCUAUGAUGUUGAGACACCUGAGAGAACAGAGAAUGUUCAUGAUCCAGACCAUCGCUCAAUACAAGUUUGUCUACCAGGUCCUUAUCCAGUUUCUCCAAAACUCUAGACUCAUUUAAUUUCUCAUAAGAUCCAGUUUUGUGUGGGAAUGGGUCCUAUAGAACCCUCUGGAAUGAAAAGGCCUCCAGACAACAUCUGGGGAGCCAGUAUGGUGCAGAUGGCUGGCAGCGAGCACACCCCAAUCUCGCCAAAGUUAGGAGCUCAAGAGGUUCCUCAGGAGAGGAACAUGAGAGAUCAUCAUGGAUUAUUUUAUAUGAGAUAAUUUAUUUUUUCCCUUUGGAAUAACUUUUGUGAAUUUCUGUAAUAUCUUAUUGUACCAUUUAUAAUGACUCUGUAGAACCACAUUUUGACUGAUCUGCACUGUAACUUCUUUGUGGGGAGGAUUGCCUGGUGGGUCACCUUAGGGACUGAGGCUUAAGGUAGGAAGCACAUCUUCUCAUUUGUAGUUUUCUAACAAACUAUAAUUCAUCAUCAGUUACAAUUGUUCAGAUAUGAAGAAGGCAAAGGAAUUAUUCCUUCACACACACACACAAAAGGAAAAGUCUUCCUGAAAGUAGAGAGUGAUUUCGUUGUGCAUUUUUUUUUAGGCAGUUGGAGUUAAGUGACUUGCCCAGGGUCACACAGCUAAUAAGUGUUAUGUGUCU